AUGGAUCUGAUGGACGUUUUCUAUCAGAUUCUCAUGCGUGAACGGGACAUCACGUACACAGCAUUGAGCACCCCGAGUGGUAUGCUCUGGGAGUGGCUAGUGAUGCCACAAGAUCAGAUUAACGCCCCCGCAACGUUCAACAUAUGUGUUACAAAUCUGUUGCGAUCAGUGCGUGAUUUCGCACCGAGUUACUUUGACGAUUUCUUCGUCCGUAGCCGGGCUAUGGAUGGAAAGCCGGACGUGUAG